CUGCCGCCACCAUGGGGUAGAAAAAGUAUGACCAGGAACUCGAUCAAGUAGUACGAAAAUCUACACUUACGAUGUUUAAGCGCGUUUUUAGAUGGUAUAAAUAUACACAUUUGUUAUUCGCUGCUAGUUUGUGGUCUGAUUUAGGAUUGUUGUUAGCCAUUUUCUCAUGCAUGUACCGAUACCCUUCUUGGCUAUUCAUGUUCUUUGUUUAAAAAAACAACAGUUGUACCUUGCCAUGAUUCGUCAGUUUUGGGGGACAAGCGGGACAGAAAGAAGAAGUUGACUUUUUCUUUUUAAACUCCUUGUAAAAAGUUUCCGUGUUAGUAAAGAUGAGGUUGAAUGGCGUCCUGGCGUGUUUGCUGGUGAUGUGUGCUGAUGUGUGCCGGGGGGACACACCAGCCAACUGCACCUAUGAAGACCUGCUGGGGACUUGGAGGUUCCAGCUGUCCGAGGGGGGCCACAAUAAAGACAUCAACUGCUCCUCUGCAGCCACAAGCGAGAACACGAUGGCGGUGACGCUGGAGAAACUUUCCGUGGCCAAAGACGAGUUGGGAAACCUGGGCUUCUUCACUCUGGUUUACAACCAGGGCUUCGAGGUGGUCAUCAACGGCUACAAGUGGUUCGCCUUCUUCAAGUACACUGAAGACGGCGGCGGUCAGGUGACUAGCUACUGUGACCGGACUCUCCCGGGGUGGGUGCACGACGUGCUGGGCAACAACUGGGCCUGUUUUGUUGGCAAGAAAGUGGAGCCAGUGGCCCCGCAACUUGACUACAAACCUGUCACCAGCCCCAGGCUCCUUCACAGGACGUUCACACCCAACCAGGACGUCAUUGAGGCCAUCAACUUGGUCCAGGACUCCUGGAGGGCGGUCUCUUAUCCAGAAUAUAAGACGUACUCGCUGAGAGAGCUGCAUUAUAGAGCAGGAGGUCCCGCCUCCCGCAUUCCUGUGCGCGGCGGUCCUCGCCCUGCGCCGCCUCACCUCGCCAAGCUAGCGGCGGCGCUGCCUCAGCACUGGGACUGGAGGAACGUGAGCGGCGUCAACUUUGUCAGCCCCGUACGAAACCAAGCGUCAUGCGGCAGCUGUUACUCCUUCGCCUCCAUGGGAAUGUUGGAGGCUCGCAUCCGCAUCCAAACCAACAACACCCGCACCCCCGUCCUCAGCCCCCAGCAGGUGGUCUCCUGCUCCGAGUAUUCUCAAGGCUGUGACGGCGGCUUCCCGUACUUGAUGGGAAAGUACGUGCAGGACUUCGGUAUCGUGGAGGAGUCCUGCUUCCCCUACGUGGGCAAGAAGACUCCUUGUGGCGGGCUGCAGAAGUGCGGCCGCACCUACGCGGCGGAGUACAGCUACGUGGGGGGGUUCUAUGGCGGGUGCAGCGAGGCGGCCAUGAUGCUGGAACUGGUCCAAAACGGCCCCAUGGCGGUCUCCUUUGAGGUGUACCCAGACUUCAUGCACUACAAGGAGGGCAUCUACCACCACACGGGCGUCCAGGACCCCUUCAACCCCUUCGAGCUGACCAACCACGCCGUGCUGCUGGUGGGCUACGGCCACUGUCACAUGACCGGCCAGAGCUACUGGCUGGUCAAGAACAGCUGGGGCGCCGGCUGGGGCGAGCGCGGCUACUUCCGCAUCCGCCGGGGAAGCGACGAGUGUUCCAUCGAGAGCAUCGCGGUCGCCGCCAGGCCCAUCCCACAACUCUAGUGGACGCACACGCCUUCAAGGUGCACACUCAACUUUGCUGUCUUGUUUUUUUUAAUCAACAAUGAUUUUAACGGGGAGGAAAUUAUCGUACUUCCGGAUAUAAGCCACACCCACAAAAUUUUAGACGAAAAAAAUAGGCCUCAUCAUAUUGACUACAUAUUGUGAAUUGAGUUAUUUACAAAAAAAUAUUGUGUAAAUGUUUAUUUACAUACUUUCGUUGUUUCCAAAUGGUGUCUGUAACAGGGCAGUAAAACGGCUGAUCAAACAAAACAGAAGUCAUGGUCAUGGACCUACUUGCUCUCCAGUCAGCCAAAAAGACUCGAUAACUCCACAGUGACGUAUAAUAUCACGAUUAAUAUAAAUACAGUCUAUUAUACAGCAUUAUUCACAUGUGAAUAACAUGAAUACAGUUUAGUAUACAUCAUUAUUUACAUGUGAAUAAUAUAAAUACAGUCUAUUAUACAGCAUUAUUCACGUGUGAAAAAUAUAAAUACAGUCUAUUAUACAGCCUUAUUCACAUGUGAAUAAUAUAAAUACAGUCUAUUAUACAGCAUUAUUCACAUGUGAAUAACAUGAAUACAGUUUAGUAUACAUCAUUAUUUACAUGUGAAUAAUAUAAAUACAGUCUAUUAUACAGCAUUAUUCACGUGUGAAAAAUAUAAAUACAGUCUAUUAUACAGCCUUAUUCACAUGUGAAUAAUAUAAAUACAGUCUAUUAUACAGCAUUAUUCACAUGUGAAUAACAUGAAUACAGUUUAGUAUACAUCAUUAUUUACAUGUGAAUAAUACAAAUACUGUCUAUUAUACAGCAUUAUUCACAUGUGAAUAACAUAAAUACAGUCUAUUAUACAGCAUUAUUCACAUGUGAAUAACAUAAAUACAGUCUAUUAUACAGCAUUAUUCACAUGUGAAUAACAUAAAUAGUUUAGUACACAUCAUUAUUUACAUGUGAAUAAUACAAAUACUGUCUAUUAUACAGCAUUAUUCACAUGUGAAUAAUAUAAAUAGUCUAUUAUACAGCAUUAUUCACAUGAAAAAAUAUAAAUACAGUAUAUUAUACAGCAUUAUUCACGUGUGAAUAACAUAAAUACAGUCUAUUAUACUGCAUUAUUCACAUGUGAAUAACAUAAAUACAGUCUAUUAUACAACAUUCACAUGUGAAUAAUAUAAGUACAUUCUAUUAUUUAGCAUUAUUCACAUAUGAAUAACAUAAAUACAGUCUAUUAUACAGCAUUUUUCACAUGUGAAUAACAUAAAUACAGUCUAUUAUACAACAUUCACAUGUGAAUAAUAUAAGUACAUUCUAUUAUACAGCAUUAUUCACAUGUGAAUAAUAUAAAUACAGUCUAUUAUACAGCAUUAUUCACGUGUGAAUAAUAUAAAUACAGUAUAAACUUAAAGUACAUGUACAGUCAAAAGGAACAUAUGCAUUAUACAGUCUGAUGGCUGCCUGUAUGAAAGACUUUAGUAAGAAUUGUUUUAGUUAUAUUGUAAAACUUACAAAUGACAAACGUCGCUGGGAGGGAUGAAUGAAGAAACGCUGUGGACGGCGAGAAGAGGGAACGGAACUUCUACUUCCGGUUGAGAGCUCAGUCCAAACUUGUCUAAAAGAUUACGCCACAGUACAAACAACUUUUUAAUAUUUUUUUUUUUGUUUUAUUUGAACUAUUUGCAUGGAGGCCGUCAGCAAAUAAAAACCCACAUAUCAGCCGCACCGUUUUAUAGGCCGCGGGGUUCAAACGUAGGAAAAAAGUGGAGGCUUAUAGUCCGGAAUUUACAGUACACAUUUUAGAACAAGGGAUUUUUCCAGAAAUGACAAAUGAUGUCAUUUGCUAAAGUUUCUGCAGUAAUAAUCACACUUCUUUGGCGUCUGCUGGUCAGAAUAUUCAUGUUUGUCUCAGGGAAGCACCGCACUCCUUCAAGUGGUAUCCAGCCUAGCAAUAAAGUUGUAUCCAGCCUAGCAAUAAAGUUGUAUCCAGCCUAGCAAUAAAGUUGUAUCCAGCCUAGCAAUAAAGUUGUAUCCAGCCUAGCAAUAAAGUUGUAUCCAGCCUAGCAAUAAAGUGGUAUCCAGCCUAGCAAUAAAGUUGUAUCCAGCCUAGCAAUAAAGUGGUAUCCAGCCUAGCAAUAAAGUGGUAUCCAGCCUAGCAAUAAAGUUGUAUCCAGCCUAGCAAUAAAGUGGUAUCCAGCCUAGCAAUAAAGUGGUAUCCAGCCUAGCAAUAAAGUUGUAUCCAGCCUAGCAAUAAAGUUGUAUCCAGCCUAGCAAUAAAGUUGUAUCCAGCCUAGCAAUAAAGUGGUAUCCAGCCUAGCAAUAAAGUGGUAUCCAGCCUAGCAAUAAAGUUGUAUCCAGCCUAGCAAUAAAGUGGUAUCCAGCCUAGCACUAAAGUUGUAUCCAGCCUAGCAAUAAAGGGAUCUCAAUCAAA